AACCAGGCUAUCUCGUUCUCACACUCGCCACUCUGCGAGCCGCCGAUCCGUCUCGCGUUCGCCACCUCGCUCCCGCUCUCGAUCGUUCGCUCCGCGACGCGGAAACGGCGAAACCCUAGGGCGGGUAGGCAUGGCCAAGGACGAGAACGGCUCGGCCCCGGAUGGUGCCGGCAAGGAGGAGGGGGAGAUAGCGGCGGCGCGCAGCCGCAGCCGCAGCAAAUCCCUAGAAGCCGCGGAGGAGGAGGAGGGGCGUUCGAAGGGGAGGCGACACCGGGGCCACCAUGGCAAGUCAAAGAGGCGUGACGAGGAGGAGGGGAGCGAGAGCUCCGACGAGGACUCGGGGGAGCGGCGUAAGCGGCGGAGGAAGGAGAAGGAGCGGCGGCGGCGGAGGAGGGGGAGCCGCAGCGAGAGCUCGGGGUCGGAGUCGGAGUCAGAGUCUGAGUCGUCCUACUCGAGUUCCAGCGCGGAGUCGGAAAGCGAGUCGGAGGAGGAGGAGGAGAGGCGAAGGAGGCGGCGGCGGAGGAGGAAGGAGAAGGAAGAGGAGGAGAGGAGGAGGAGGAGGAAGGAGAAGGAGAAGAGGAAGAGGAAGGAGAAGGAGAGGGAAAAGGAUAAGAAGAAGAAGAAGAGGAAGGAUGAGAAGAAGGAUUUGGGGAAGAAGGCUGCAGUGACCAACUCGUGGGGCAAGUAUGGCAUCAUCCGUGAGGUUGAUAUGUGGUGA